AUGUGGUCUGGCUUCAGUUGGGCACUCGGUGCCUUGGACAAUGCCUACGCUUUGACCCAUCUCCGGUCACAGCGGCCGCGGUUCUUUGCGGACGGCUCGGGCGACAUCAAGGCAGCCGAGGCAGCACAAGUGGAGGCUUUCAAGCGCGAGCCUGCGGAGCUCCCUCAAAUGCAGUGGGGCGAGCCCAAAGGAAAUGUCUGUGCCGCGACUUUCCGGAGCCCACAGGCUGGGCGACUGCCCGAGGAGGUAGGCGACGCGAGCUUCUUCUUCGUGUCUCCAGAAGAAUCAUCAAUCCGGCCCUGGGAUGCAUCGACCGAAGCCUCCUCGGCACCUUCGGCCAUCGUGGUGCUCCUCCCAGCCACAGGGGAACAAGGACGGGGCGGACGAGUCGCCCUUGCGCAAGAGCUGGCAAAGUCCGGGAUGUGUUCGUUGGUCCCGACCGCCCCCUUCUACGGCGGCCGCAAGCCAAAGAACCAGGAGAUGCACUACGUCCGCUCCGUGGGAAUGUAUCUGGAGCAAAGCACUGCUAUCGUUGAAGAGGCCGCUGUCGCUAUUCGAUGGUGCGUGCGUUGCUGGCCAGGGGUCCCGAUUUGCGUCUCCGGCUUUUCGUCGCUGGGCGCUUGUUAG